GUCGCUCAUUUCACGUAGUCUAUGGUUAAGUCGAGCUUCAUAAGCACGUGGGUUUCAAAAGUGUUUUGACGUUUUGGAGUCUCAUUCCCGCGAGUCUCGUUUUUACAAACUGAUGACGAACGUGCAGUUUCAAGUGUUCGAUUAGAGUCUUAAGCGCGAUGGUCGAUUUAGGAUUCGUGGAGAAGUGCGAGCCAUGGCGAUUGGAGAGUAGAUUCUUUCCCAGCAAGGCAGGCGGUAAACCGGCCUGGCUCGACUUGAACAACAUCCCCGGUAAGAAGGAUCUGGAGUGCGAGUACUGCGGCGAUCCCUGCGUGUUCCUGUGCCAGGUCUACGCGCCUUACGAGGAGGAUGCCAAUGCGUUUCACAGGACCAUAUACGUUUUCAUGUGCAAAAAGGGCGAUUGCUGCAAGCCGAAUCGGAAUGGUAACUUGAAGGUCUUCCGAUCACAGUUGAGCAGAAGCAACAGCUUCUACCCGUCCGAACCACCUGUCGAACGAGAAGACUGGAGAACGGAUAUUGAUGUGUCGCAGUGGACGAAAACAUGUCGCAUAUGUGGAAUCUUGGCGCCUAGUCAUUGUGCCGAGUGUAAAGUCGCCAACUAUUGUUGCCGGGUGCAUCAAGUGUACGAUUGGAAGAAUGGGCACAAAGGUACAUGCGGCACUGAAAAGAAGACAAGUAAUAACAGUUUCCUGUUUCCUGAACACGAGAUUGUAAUGGAGAACGAUGAUCGUGCAAAAGAACAUGCUGAGCAGGACGAUGUCGAGAGCGAACAGAAGGAAAUUGAAAAAUACAAUACGAUGAUUGACAGUGGCGAAGCUGGAACUCUUCAGCAUUCAGAAGAUGUGAACGAUGAUCUGCUACAAAUGGCCAACACCGAGGACGAAAUAUUCGCCGAAUUUCGUACGAAAAUAGAUGACUAUCCAGAUCAAAUUUUGAGGUACGACAGAGGAGGAAAAAUCUUGUAUAUCUCUCCACAUAAUCAGGUAGCAGACGUUCCAAAAUGUCUAGAAUGCAAUGGCGACAGGCAGUUUGAAUUUCAGAUAAUGCCACAGUUAUUAAAUUUUCUUGACUUAAAGGAUACCGUCAAUUGUCUCGAUUGGGGUAUCUUGGCUAUUUUAACAUGUAAAAAAUCUUGUACACCUAAUGGCAAAUAUAUAAGAGAGUAUGUAUGGAAGCAGGAUAUUGUACAGGAGAAAACAUAAUCGUGAAUAAAGAUACUUUUCCUACUAUA